UUCAAGUGUUCAAGAAACGGCGACAACGUCACAGAGAUCCCUUGCUGCAUGUAAAAUGUUACGAUUAGUAAGAGCAAACUGGAUCCAGCGCGUGUCAUGUAACAUCCAGAAAAUGCAGACAGAUGGGAAGUUAUUUGUGGGGAGGAUGUUCUCUGUCCAGGACUCCCUUCCUAAACUCCCUGUCCCUCCCCUGGAGCAGACCGUCCAGAAAUACCUGAGGACGGUCCAGCCCCUUCUGUCCGAUGAAGAGUAUGCCAACACUUUAAAGAUAGUUAAAGACUUUGAAAAAGAUCCAGGUCCAAAGUUGCAAAAUCUGUUGGAAAAACGAGCACAAAGGGAGACAAAUUGGCUAUCUGACUGGUGGAUGAACACCGCAUAUUUAGAUUUCCGUCAGCCUGUAACAGUUAACGUCAGUCCUGGGGUGGUGUUCCCCAAACAGAACUACUCAGACAAAGAGGGACAACUCAGAUUUACAGCCAAGUUGAUAUCUGGACUUCUAAGUUACAAGACAAUGAUAGAUCAACAAACCCUCCCUGUUGAGAAGAUGGGGAAACAGUCAUUAUGCAUGAUGCAGUAUUAUAAGAUUCUCUGCGGCUGCCGUAUUCCAGGGAGGAAAAAGGACACAUGGGUGUGCUACCCCCCAGAUGAGGCCAAUCCUCCUAGGCAUGUGAUCAUUGCCCAUAACAAUGCUUUUUUUAGUAUGGAUUUGUAUGGCAGUAACAACCAGCCACUUAAUACUGAACAGCUUCAUGUACAACUGAAACAUGUUGUGAGACAAUCUAAAGAAGUCGAGACCCCAAUAGGUCUCCUCACCACAGAGAACCGCAACAAGUGGGCCAAGUCUUAUGAACUCCUUCUUAAAGACAAGGAAAACAAGGUUUCAUUGUCAGAACUGCAUCGCAGUAUCUGUGUGAUCUGCGUAGACAAUCAACUUCCAGAUAGUGCUGCCGGGGAGGAAGAAAGCACAGCUGCCAGAAUGAUGUUGCAUGGAGGAGGGAGUCAAUUGAACUCAGCCAACAGAUGGUGUGACAAAACACUACAGUUUAUUGUUGGAAAGAAUGGUGUUUGUGGAUUGAACUAUGAGCACACGACAGCAGAAGGACCCCCCAUUAUUUCCAUAGUCGACCAUAUCCUAGAUUACUGCAGUAAAAGCGAGGACAAGUCAGCACCUGCCCCAGAUGUGAAAGCACCGAGGAAGCUCAAGUUCAACAUCACAUUCCCGGAGUUAAAGAACAAUAUAGAGGAAGCUGUUGAAAACAUUGAUUCGAUGGUCAAAGAUGUGGAUUUGAAUGUGUUUAAAUUUACGGAGUAUGGUAAAAACUUCCCCAAAAGCCAGAAACUGAGUCCAGAUAGCUAUCUGCAGAUGGCUUUUCAGUUGGCAUAUUUCAGGUUAUAUUCCAAGCCUUGUGCCACUUACGAGACUGCCUCAUUGCGUCAGUUUCAGCUGGGUAGGACGGACACCAUCAGGUCUUGCUCUAUUGAGUCUUUUGAGUUUUCUAAAGGCAUGUUGGACCCUGCAGUGUCUACACAGAAGAAAGCAGAACUUUUGAGGAAGGCAGUAACAGGGCAUAAAAACUAUGUGGCAGAGGCAAUAAAAGGACAAGGAAUUGAUAGGCAUCUACUGGGACUUAAACUGGUGGCCCUUCAGAACAACAUGAAGGUUCCGACCUUACAUAUGGAUAUGGCGUAUUCUCUUAGCAGUCAUCAUAAUAUUUCAACUAGUCAGGUACCAGCAAAGUAUGAGGCUUGUCUGGUGUUCGGCCCCACUGUUCCCGAUGGCUACGGAGUGUGUUACAAUCCUCAAGAAAAACAGAUAAUAUUUGGAGUUUCCGCCUUCAACUGCUGUCCAGAGACAGUGUCCAUGAAAUUUAUAGACUCGAUCCAGCAGUCGCUAAGGGACAUGAAAGCUGUGUUGGAGGGAAGCAUUCAAUCCAAAUUAUAAUGAUAAAUUGUGGCCCAUUAGACAUGUUAGGCCUGGAUUGAGCUAUGUUUUAAUUUUCAGGUCCAUUCAAUGAUUGCUGUUGUGAUACUGUGAUGCAAUACAUGAAAAUAAUCGUGAUAAUUUUUUUAAAAGAGAAUUUGUAUAUGUGUUUGAUGACACUUGUAAAUUUUGGUGCUACAGAGGACAAUUUAAAGCAUGUUUUUCAAUAAAUCUUUGGAGCAAUCUAUUGAUUUUAAAUACCAACACAUUGUAUGAGUUUGUUUGAUGUAAAUUGAACAGUUCUUCAAUAUAAAUAUGUACUAGUACAUUUAAUCUAGUCGCAUUGGAUUUCUUGCUGUCUGUUACACAGAAUUUAAAAAUUAUCCAUAUUAUGAAUAAAACAUUUUUUUCCUCACGUCAAUUUGACACUGUUUAGAUUUGCUAAACCAAAUGUUACAAAAUAUUUAUUGGAAAAGAUAAUUUUGUAUAAAUCAUCUGACAUUUUAUACAAGAAAACCCAAUUAUUCAGUAAAAAUAAUAAUGUAUAUGCUUAUCAAAUGUUAGCCUCAUCGGAGCUAGUGCAGUGUUUGAUGUAAUACAGUAAUUACAUAUUAGUACUGUCGUGUAUGAUGAUGGAUGAUUAGAGAAUUUCACACAUGUGUAACCUUAUCCUUCAGCUGAAACUUUGAAUUGCAUGUUAUUAAAUUGAUGCAACAUGCUUAUUUGAUGUUAAACCAGAUAAAACUGAAAUCUAGAAUCAAAACUUCAGGUGUAUAUAUAUAUGUAGUUUUAUAAAUGUUAUAAUCCUUUGUUGAACAAUAAUUAUAUUCGCAAACAUGAUUUCUUUUUCCUUCUGCAUUUUGUGUCAAGUAGUUCUCAGAGACUCUCCAAGGGAUGAAAAUAAAAUCUUUUUUAGGAUGAUAUUUAGGAAAUGAAUUUCAUUUUUGGAAAAUACACGAGGGUAUGAACUGCAACACUUCACACUGGCAUGCUUCAUGAAGUGUGUUACAUACUGCGUGUUACAUACUGCGUGCUACAUACUGCGUGUUACAUACUCUUCUGUUAGAAUUCUCAGUUAUCUGUAUUCAUAAGCUCAAUGUUUACAACUUCAGCGCGUUCGUGAGGAAAUGGCUAUCAUUGCAAUUUGUAAAGAUAUCAAAGGCAAACACAUUGGAAAUGUAAAUGCAUGUAUUCGAUUGUAUGCACAUGUUGUAUGGAAUGCAACUAUUUUUGCCAUCAAAUGUAUGUACUGGCAAAGACUUUGAUAUCUGUUAAUUUCUUAUUUUCACUUAUUAAGGUGAACUUUGGGAAUUCCUACCUCGUGUUUUGAUCUCAAAUGUAUGUGCAUGCAAUCAAUUCUCUGAUAUUUAAGUAUCGAAGAAAUAAGUGGAAAAUAAUGGAGGUAUAAAUUAAGAAUAUUAUUUAAAAAAUCUGCAAUCAUGCCUGCUUAUAUGAGCAUGGGAACUCUACUUAUGUAAUACAUGUACUUCUCAGGAUAAUAACUUCUAAUUUUACAAAGAAAUGUUUUAAAAAUGAAAUAGUUUCACAUUUGAAUCUACAACUCAUUAUCACAAAGAAUAGAAUGCAGGCACAAAUGGGACACCAAUGGAAGAGGAAAAAUCUGUAUUGGUCCCUGUUAUAAUUGACACUAUAAUUAAUGCAUGGCAUCGCAUCUUGCCUCAAUAACAGCCUAAAUCAUAAAAUGCUACUUUGUCGCUCUCUCUCCCCGAUGUUAUUCUUUCUUGUUCUUCAUUCCAUAGUUGUGAUUUGUAGUUUUGCAAUAAAUACUUUGAGAUCUUUA